CUCACACUUGGCGGUCAGGUCCGGGCCGGGGGUGGAAAAAAAACCUUAGUGUUUCCUGAGACUGUUGGGGCGCCUGUAGCGCGGAGUGGGAGGGACAAAAAGCGGAAGCAAGUAUCGGCGCUUCCUUGUGCGCAUGCGCAGGAAGACGGUUUCAAUUGGUCAACUCUGGGUGUUAUGGUGACUCCCUUCGCACUUCCGCCUCGCCGCCCUUCCGGCUUGAUUGGAUUGACGCUGCGGUACUUUCCGCUGGCGUGGAGAAGGUAUCGUGCAUACUCGGACCUCAAUUUCUGGUGGCUGCGCGGGAUUUCUUUGGACUUCUUAAAUCUUCUGUGUGAAGUGGUGACACGCACAGGAUCCGUUUGGUUGUAUGACAGAAGAAAGAGGGAAAGCAAAUAGGCCAAGCCCUGUUGCUAAUUCAGUACUUAAGACCAUCCAGCCGGGCGCCAGUGACUCACGUCUGUAAUCCUAGCUACUCAGGAGGCAGACACCAGGAGCAUCCCGGUUCGAAGCCAGCCCAGGCAAGUAGUUGGCUAGACUCUUAUCUUGUAAAGACCCAUCACAAAAAGGGCUGGUAGAGUGGCUCGAGGUGUAAAAAAAGAAAAAAUCCAGAAAUCAUAAUAAAAGUUGUGUAUUUUUAACCCGAUGGGUUCUUUUUAUCUGCGAGGUUCAGGCUCGGAUGCCUAAGCAACCUAUUGUUUUGGAGUCAUGGCAACAAAGGAACCAGGAGAUGUGGAAGCACAGUUGGCCCUCUCCUCACCAGCCAGCCAGCGCAUGGAAGUGCCUGAAAAGCCGAACUAUGCUCUGAAACUUACUCUGGCAGGCCACAGGGCAGCAGUAUCAUCAGUUAAAUUUAGUCCUAAUGGAGAAUGGCUAGCAAGUUCGUCUGCUGAUAAACUAAUUAUAAUUUGGGGAGCAUAUGAUGGAAAAUAUGAAAAAACACUAUAUGGUCACAAUCUGGAAAUAUCAGAUGUUGCCUGGUCAUCAGAUUCCAGUCGUCUUGUUUCUGCCUCAGAUGAUACAACUCUAAAGAUAUGGGAUGUGAGAUCUGGAAAAUGUUUGAAAACACUGAAGGGACACAGUAACUAUGUCUUCUGCUGUAAUUUCAAUCCACUAUCCAACCUCGUCAUUUCAGGAUCUUUUGAUGAGAGUGUGAAAAUAUGGGAAGUAAAGACAGGGAAGUGUCUCAAGACUUUGUCUGCUCAUUCUGAUCCAAUUUCUGCCGUUCAUUUUAAUUGUAAUGGGUCAUUGAUAGUGUCAGGUAGUUAUGAUGGUCUCUGUAGAAUCUGGGAUGCUGCAUCAGGUCAGUGUUUAAAAACACUUGUUGGUGUUGAUAACCCUCCUGUCUCUUUUGUAAAAUUUUCUCCAAAUGGUAAAUACAUUCUUACUGCAACUUUGGACAAUACUCUUAAAUUGUGGGAUUACAGCAGAGGCAGAUGCCUGAAGACAUACACUGGUCAUAACAAUGAGAAAUACUGCAUUUUUUCCAGUUUUUCAGUUACUGGUGGGAAGUGGAUUGUAUCUGGUUCAGAGGAUAACAUGAUUUACAUUUGGAACCUUCAGACUAAAGAGAUUGUACAAAAGUUACAAGGUCAUACAGAUGUCGUGAUCUCAGUAGCUUGUCAUCCUACAGAAAACAUCAUUGCAUCAGCAGCAUUAGAAAAUGAUAAAACAAUUAAAUUGUGGAUAAGUAGCUAUUAAACUCUUUGGAAAUCAAGUAGUAAAUCCAAGUUGGCAAAAACCUUAGAUGUUUGAAAACAUUGUUUCUUGAAAUUUUGUCAUGGUUUUGUAUUUCUUUUAAAUUUAUCUUUGCUUGCAAGAUUUUGAGAUUUGUAAUCAAAAUUUACAAAAUGAGGCAGCUGUAAAAGCGCGUCUAGAAUCUGAAGCUUCUCCUAAUCUUUUUAUGGUUCUUGUAGGGUUUUUUUGUUUGUUUUUUUGCUUUACUGGGGGCUGAACUCUUGGCUUCAUGCUUGCUAGACAGGAGCUUUACCACUUGAGUGACAUCCCCAGCCCCUGACUCCUAAUCUUAAAGCCUGUUAGGAAUCUUAAGUGUUUGACCCUGGACAGUUUCCCGUUCUGUUCCUUUUAAUGACUAUCCUACAGGGUCACUGUAUUUGGAAAUAUUUAGAAGAAAAGCUGACAAGACAGGAUGACUGAUUGAGGGAAGUGUAGCUUCUGGUUUGGGAGGUUAGAUGAACAAAAGCAUGAGCGUGGGGUAUUGAUGAAAGGAUUGGAGAUAUUUGUAAUAUGACACCAGCACUCUUUGGGGGCUAUCGUGCGUGAUGUGAUACAAAACAGUCCAUGGAAUUGGGUCUGUCAGUCAAGUUGGUAAAAACAAGCUUUGGUUAGUUUUAUUCUAAGAAUCUAAAACUUAACUGAGGUGACUCAACCUACCUUAUUAGAUCAUGUUAUCUUAGGCACUGCAUGCCUGUGUGAUGAGAAUGCUGUCCUUCAGGACCUAUUAACUCCUACUUCACAGUUCAGAACUCAACCCUUGUACAACCAUCAUUCCUGCUUCCCACCUAAUGGACAGCUGAGUUAGGUUUUCCUGUUUCUUUCUGUAGUUUCUGUUGUGAUGUUGAAAAUGUGUAUUUGCCAGAUUGUGUUGUCAUGGUUCCAUGGGCCUUGUUUCCAGUACAUAAUGAACUCUUGAGACCAGGAUGUCUUUUUUUUUUUUUGGUGCUGAGGAUUGAACCCAU